UAUGGAUACAUUUGCAAAGUAAAAAGAGAAAGCAACAAUAAUUGCAUGAGUAAUUGGUUUGAAUUCGCUAGUUAUUGCUACUAUUUUCAGACCGCAAAUGAUGGAGUUGGCAAAAUAUGGGAGCAUUCCUACUUAAACUGCUUAGAAAAAGGAGGAAACUUGUUAAGCAUAGAUGAUGAAAAAGAAAAUGCAUUUAUUUUAAACAUUCUUAAAAACCACAGCAUGAAUAAAGAGAAUUACUGGAUUGGUCUUACUGAUCGUUGGUAUAACUCAUGGUUUUUGUGGUCUGAUAAUACAUACUCACAGUAUAUACAUACUAAGUUUAAUGGGUUAUUUUACGAUAUAAAGUUAGAGAGGUGUGUUAGAAUUAGUAAAUUAUAUUGGGAAAUAAAGAAUUGUAAAAGUUUGAAUGGAUUUAUUUGUAAAAGUAAAAAGGCAACCAAUAAUAAAUGUACUGAAGGUUGGACAACUUAUAAAAAACAUUGCUACUUCAUUCGUAGUUUAAAGGAAUUUUUUGGAUAUAAUUGGUAUGAAUCUUUUUCAUCUUGUCAGUCUAAAGGAGGGAAUUUGCUAAGUAUAGAAAAUCAAGAAGAAAAUCGAUUCAUUCAAAACAGUUUAAUAAAAGACUAUGGUGAUUAUUGGAUUGGCCUUAAUAAACUUUGGAAUAACAGAAGGUUUGUGUGGUCUGAUAAUACGUACACACAGUUCUUCAACUGGAUCGGAAGUCAACCUGACAAUGUUGAUGGAAUUGAAAAUUGUGUAGAAAUGAAUUCCAAUGGAUGGGGCGACAAAGAAUGCAAUACCUUAAAUGGGUUUAUUUGCAAAGUUAAAAGAGGUAAUUUAGAUUAUGUUAAUCACAAAGACAAAAUUAUUCUAACCCAAGGUUUUCUUUUUGCAACACUCAAAGUUUUAAAAAAAGAGUACACUAUUUCAUUCAAUUUGAAACCAAUGGCGUAUUCAAAGGGUUUGAAAAGUGUUUUUCAAAUAAUCUCAAGUAAUAACAGUCAAGGUUAUAGUAAAAAAACUCUAGCUGUUUCGUUUCAUGAAGAUGGUUCUGGAAGACUUGUUAUUAACGCUGCAGUCAGUGGUAAUAGUAAAUACUCUGUAGAAACAGAUCGGCUUAUCUUGGGUCAAUGGUCUAGCAUAAAAAUAUACCAGUGGCUUUUUUGCAGUAAAUAUUUUUUUUCUGUCGAUAUAAAUGGUGUAAAUAUCCAUCAAGUUGAAAAUUCUUUGACUGCUGAUUUUAACGAUAUCCAGGUUUAUGUUUCAAAUCUCUGGAAUGAUGCACAUAAUGGAUCUAUAUUUGAUUUUUUGAUUAUAAAUGGAAAAGCAAAAUAUCUUAUUGAGAGUUUUAGUACUCCAUUAGUAAAAGGGAAGAUUAUUGCUCAAAUACCAAAGCUAAAUAAAGAGUAUCUUGUAUCUUUUGAUCUUAAUCCAAUUGUAUUUGAGAUUGGACUGCACAACAUUAUUCAUUUUACAUCUGGAGCUCAAAUGGUUAACACUGGAAAUGAAUUUCUAGGCAUCUGGUUAGAUGAAAAUGGUUCAGGAAAAAUUAAAGUUGUUGCAUUAAAUAAUGGAAAACCAAGUUUAUAUUAUUAUGCUAUUCAAUUAAAUGUUUGGUCAAAUAUUGAGGUUUGCCAGCGUUUCAAUGGACUAUUUUAUAUAUACACAUUAAGAAUAAAUGGAGAUGUUGUCUUUUCUAUGAUUAACAAUCAAGCUCAAGAAUUAUUUGAUGUCAAAGUUUAUGCUUCAAAUCCAUGGGACAAAGUUCAAAAUGGUUCAAUAAAAAGUUUCUUUAUAAUUAAUGAUGAAGUUAAAUCUCUUGUUAAUCGCGCUAAAGAUUUUGUUAAUCUUAAACAUAAGUUUGCUAUAAAUCAAGGAACAAUUCUUGGAACACUAAGUGUUUUAAAAAAGGAGUACACAUUAUCAUUUAAUUUAAUGCCUAUAAGUUACUCCAAGGGUUUGAAAAAUAUUCUUGAUUUAUUUUUGUGUAAGAGCAAUAAAAUAUAUGGUGACAGAAAUCUAGGUGUUUGGUUUCAUGAAGAUGGUUCUGGAAGUCUUGUUGUUUAUGCUACAGUUAAUGGUAAUAGUACCUACUUUGUCCAAACAGAUCCGCUUACUUUAGGUCAAUGGCAUAAUGUUAGAAUUAGUCAAUGGUUUUUAGGAAAAAAAUAUAUCUUUACUUUUGAUCUGAAUAACAUUAGUAUUCAUAGAGUAGAAAAUUUGUUGGCCACAGAUUUUGAAAACAUUAAAGUUUAUGGUUCUAACAUAUGGGAUACUUCACAACAUGGUUUCAUUUCUGACCUUCUGAUAAUCAAUGGAAAAGUUGAGUACAUAGUUGGUGAUAUUAUUACUCCAUUAGCAAAGGGGAAAUAUAUUGCAGAGAUUCCGGUCCUCGAUAAAGAAUAUUUUGUUUCACUUGAUUUUUAUCCUAUUAAAUUCGACUUUGGUUCUCACAAUGUUAUUCAUUUCACUAUUGGUUCUGAUCAUUCCAAUUAUCUUGAUAAAACACCAGGAAUCUGGGCAAAUUCACAAGGUACUGGUGUACUUGAAAUCACAUCUUUAAUUAAUAAAUAUACUGAUGUAAAUACUUUUUCGACAAAUGCAUUUGAAAUUAAUCAGUGGUCAAAUAUUGUAAUGUGUCAAGUUUUCAAUGGUUCAUUUUAUAUAUACACAGUCAUUAUAAAUGAAGAAGUUGUUUUUUCUACAAUAAACCAUCAAGCUGAUAGCUUUGUUGAUGUAAAAGUGUAUGCAUCAAAUCCAUGGACAGAGGCUCAAAAUGGUUCAAUAAAAAAUUUAUUUAUUGUCAAUGGUAAUUCAACGAAAGAAAUGAAGCCUAUUGUUAUCAUUACAAAAGUUUCAACAUCAACUUCAAAUUCUACUAAUAAAAAAGCAUUAAUGUUCUCUGCUGUCAUAUUAGUUCCUGUUUUAACUGUUUUUGUUGCAGUUAUUUUUGUUAUUGCUGUGUUAAGAUUUCGUAAAAAAAAAAAAAGAAAGUCAAUGAAUCAAAAUCCUUACACAAUUGAGCAAUACAUUGGGCGUGAUGAGUUAUUAGCUGAUGAAUGGGAGAUAUUCCCAGAAGAUGUUAUUUUGGGAAAAAAAAUUGGAGAAGGAGCAUUUGGUACUGUUUUUAUUGCAAGACUUAGUUCAUUUGUUCUUUCUAAAAAAAAGAUAAUGAUACAGAAGUCUGACUUUUAUGAUAUCUCAGAAAACACUUUUAAUGUUGCUGUGAAACUUGUAAAAGAUUCAGCUGAUCCAUCAGAAUUUAAUGAUUUUUUUGAAGAAAUAAAUCUGAUGAAAGAAAUUGGAUACCAUAAAAAUAUUGUAAAUUUGAUUGGCUGUUCAACAAUUAAGAAACCAUUAUGUUUAAUUGUUGAGUAUAUGGAGCAUGGAGAUUUGUUGAGCUUUUUAAGAAAUAGACGAACUAAAUUUUGUACUUUAAAUACUGAUGGAAAAUUGUCUGUAAACUUUAUGCAUACUCCAGGAUAUCAACAAUCUCUGAAGAAUAAAAAUCCGUUAGAUAAAAAUGGGACAAUUACGCCUAAAGAUUUGCUUAGUUUUGCUUGGCAAGUGGCAUCAGGAAUGGAAUUUCUGUCAUGUUCUAAAUUGGUUCAUCGAGAUCUGGCUGCAAGAAAUAUUUUGGUUGGAGCAGAAAAAAUAGUAAAAGUAUCUGAUUUUGGUCUGACUAGAAAAAUUAAUGAUGAGUUGAGCUACAUGAGCAAGAAUAAACGUCGUUUACCGAUCAAAUGGAUGUCUGUUGAAGCCAUUUUCGAUCAACUGUUUACUACAUUUAGCGAUGUGUGGGCCUACGGUGUUGUUUUAUUCGAAAUUGUUACUCUGGGAGGUACGCCUUAUCCUGCUAUAAGUAACCGUGAGCUUCUCUCACUUUUAAAAUCUGGUUAUCGAAUGGAUAAACCUGAAAACUGUUCUGAAUCAAUGUAUGAUAUUAUGUUGCAGUGUUGGAAUGAGGAUCCAUUAAAACGUCCUACCUUUACAACACUACGUGAGUAUUUUGAUGAAGUAAUGUCUCGAAGUGGAGUUUAUCUCAGUUUCGAAUUCGACGAAAAUACUGCGCCGUCGUUUUUACCCUUUAAAACAGAUAAUGAUGACGAUAGUAUAAUAGAAGACGAGGUUUUUCAAAAUCCUGUACAUGUAAAGUCAGUUGAGGAAAUAAAAAAAACUUCGUGAUGAGUCCAUUAUUCCACCUAGCGAUAGAUAUACAAGUAUAAAAUCAACUAAAGACAAGCAUUCCACUGAGCGAUAGGUAUGCUAAUAUAAAAUCAACUAAAGAAAAGCAAAUUAUUUAAUGAUCACAA